AGAAGGAAAAAUGUGCACACUGACGGAAGCAGAAAAGGAAGCAACUCAGUCUUACUUUUAACAUUGCACUAAUUUAACAAAAACCGUGAAACGUCCAGUAACCACGUAAAAUAUACUGCGCAGAUUCUUCAAACUUGAUUUGCUUUAGAUGAAAAGAGGAAGGAUCACCAUCUGGACAAACCUCCCACCAAACGAUGAGUUGUCUACACUUUAAAAUAAGUGGAUUAGUGGAUUAUCUCGCCUCUCGGGACACGACAGUAAUAAAAAGCGUUAACGGCGAAUAACAAACAGCGAUGCUGGCGAAUACUGCAACUUUAUCUGAACCUCCACAAAACCAGCAGGGAUCAGAUCAGAAAUGGACCGACUGCUUCUGUUUUACUACAGUAAAGGGAAGUUUUGUAAAUCUGCAUUGUUUUUUUUUUACUUUCUAAUGCCAUUUGUUCUAACGUGAACGUGCAUCGUGAAUAUAAGUGAGACUGAAAAUAACGUACUGCUUUAAGGAAAAUAAUGCAAACAAACGCUCCGCAGCAAGACAAUUUCUGUGUGAUUUUAUAAAGUUUUGCUUUAUAAAACUGCUUUGGGAAACCUGAUAUAUUGUGAUAUGUGAACAAUGCUGUACACGCACAGCUGUAGACACCUGGGAAAAAUCUAGAAGCGAAAAAUAUUUGCCGCCUUACAUGUUAGUACAAGUUUGCCCAACUUAUUUUUUGUUGCUGAGAAGGAGGAGCUUUCCAGGAGAAAAGCUCCACAUCUGUUUCCUGGAUCAUGGCUAUAGAGUGCAUACAGAGGUCUUUGGCUUUGCUCUGUCUCUUUGCUUUCUUUGGAUCGUCUGCUUUUGAUAGAUACUUGCCUUUGAAUCAAGACACUGAACAACAAAAAGGCAAUAUCACUUUGUCAGCACAUCUUCACCCCAAACUGUACUUUGAUCAGACUGAGGUGAAUUUGAUGAAAAAGAGUGCCGCCAGCACACACAGACACAUAUUCAAAGUUAUCCACAAUGCUGUUUCCACCAUGUUGUCCAACGCUGCGGUUUACCAGCCGCCGGUGAGCCAUGAGGAUUUUGGCAAGAAAUGGAAUGAGAUUUAUGGGAACAAUUUACCCCCCCUCGCUCUAUACUGUCUACUUCAGCCCGAUGAUGCGGCCGCCUCCCAGUAUUUAAUCGAGUAUAUGGAUCGGAUGGUAGAUUAUCCGGACUGGAUGGUAUCCAGUGCCCCAAACGAUGAAGUACCGAUGGCCCACUCGCUCACUGGGUUUGCCACCGCAUACGAUUUCAUUUACCCAUUUUUGGACACACAGAGACGAUAUCGCUACCUCAUGAAAAUACGAUCGGUUACGGAGGAGCUUUACGAGCUCUCCAAGCACAGAGGAUGGGGGAGGCAGUUUUUACAAAAUCACCAGACAACUAACAUACUAGCGCUUCUUAUUGGCGCUCUCGUUGUUGGGGAACACAAUGACCCCGUGACCAUGAUAUGGAAGCAAGUAGCGGUGAACUACAUGGAAAAGACAAUGUUUCUCCUAAGCCACAUUGUCGACGGAUCUCUCGAUGAGGGUGUUGCGUACGGUAGCUACACGGCGAAGUCCAUCACCCAGUAUGUUUACUUAGCCUUGCACCAUUUUCAAAUAGACAACAUGCAAAACAACUGGUUAAGGACACAUUUUAUGUUUUAUUAUGCCACUCUGCUUCCUGGAUUUCAAAGGACUGUUGGCAUCGCAGACUCCAACUACAACUGGUUCUACGGGCCGGAGAGUCAGCUUGUGUUUUUGGAUACGUACGUGCUCCGAAAUGGCUCGGGAAACUGGCUGGCGCAGCAGAUCAGAAAGCAUCGGCCUAAGGAUGGACCCAUGAUGCAAUCGUCAGCCCAGCGUUGGGCUACUUUACACACGGAGUACAUAUGGUAUGACCCUGAGUUAACUCCUAAGCCACCGGCUGACUUUAACAAGGCAAGCAUGCAUAUAUUUUCCAACUGGGGUGUGGUGACAUAUGGAGCAGGGUUGCCUCAAGCAGAGGGUAACACGUUUGUAUCCUUUAAAUCUGGAAAAUUAGGAGGCAGGGCUGUGUAUGAUAUUGUCCACGCCCAACCUUAUUCGUGGGUGGAUGGUUGGACAAACUUCAACCCAGGGCACGAGCACCCUGAUCAGAACUCUUUUACCUUUGCUCCAAAUGGACAGGUUUUUGUUUCCGAGGCCUUGUAUGGUCCUAAAUACAGUCAUCUUAACAAUGUACUGGUAUUUGCUCCCUCCCCCAGUAGUCAAUGUAACCAACCAUGGGAGGGGCAAUUGGGGGAAUGUUCAAAGUGGCUACGAUGGGGAGAAAAAGAAGUCGGAGAUACGGCGGGGGAGGUCAUCGCAGCCUCAACACAUCAGGACAUGUUAUUUGUAAGUGGAGAAUCUGUGUCAGCCUAUUCAUCCGCCAUGAAACUAAAGAGCGUGUACCGGGCGUUGGUGCUUCUCAACUCACAAACGCUACUAGUGUUAGACCACGUGGAGAAACAAGAGCACUCCCCUCUUAAUCACAUGAGUGCAUUUUUCCACAACCUUGACAUCGAUUACAGAUACGUGCCUAAGAGAUCUUUUGAAAAGUAUAACGGUGCUUUCAUUGACGUGUGGGAUGCCCAUUACAAAAUGUUUUGGCUUGACACGCAAGGAUCCAGCCCUGUUGCCAGGAUACAGGAGGCAGAGCAGGCUGCAGAGUUCAAGAAAAGAUGGACGCAGUACGUAAACGUGACCUUUCCGAUGGAGGGCCCUGUCACCAGAGUGGCUUAUCUGAUGCAUGGCCCAUUCGUAAAGGUCUCCGACUGUAAAUUUACAGACGUCAGCAAAAAUGGAGUAAGGCUAUCUGUGAUUAUUAACGACACGGAGACUGUCGUCUCAGUUGUAACAAACUACAAAGAUAUUGAGGCUAGAAGGAGCUACUUGGGCUUCGCUGGCUUUGCUAAAACAGAGGACAAGCAUCAAAUAGUUCGAUUUGGCCAAGGAUUUCAAACCUUGCCAAGUCAGGUUGCACAUAUUCACAGUCAAACAUUCGACUUUGGAUUCCUGGUAAACAUCUCUGCUGUACUUACUCUGUGUUUUUUCUUAGCAUACGUGAUGAGAAGAAGAAAGUUCCAGCUGUCUUUUAAUAUGCUCAUUCAUUGCACUCUCAUUUGUGUGCUGGUUUUGUGGUUGACUGAACUUCUUUCAGCAUUUUAUGGUUGUGAACAGCUCCUGUGCAAUGAUAAAUUGAGAGACCAUAACAUGUAUGAUAAAACAGACGUCUCUGAAGACAUCCCUGAACUCCUACCCGUGCUCACCAUCACAUCCAUGCCGGCAUCAGGCAUGGAGAUCCUCCAGCACCUUUUUGAUAACAGCUCUGACUUUGCAUUCCUCAGAAUCCCUUCGGCUUACCUCAGAUUCCCUGCGUCUCCAUUGGUCUCUCUGGUGGACUCUUGUGAAUGGUCCAAAGCAGAUGCCCAGAAUGGACGAUUUAGAGUCAUUCAAGGAUGGUUUCACUCUAUAGUCCAUGAUUUGAGGCUUCAUCUGCAGAACAUUCAGUUAUAUAUGAGCAAUGAUGACACAAGUCUUAAAAAAAUCAAGAGAAAGAGACGGAUGCUGAUGUCGGACCAAACGAAAACUAGAAGGGUUGCCCACGUGGACAUAGGUUACAUACAGGAGCUGAGGCAGCACCUGGUGAAGUAUCCAAACGCCCGGCCAGUGCUGAGCAUGGGCAGCGGCGGGUGGUUCUUAAAGCUACCGUUUCUUCAAGAGGUCAUUGGGCGCUCGCUGCGCUCAAUUCAUGUGGUCAGAGACCCACGAGCAUGGAUUUACCUAAUGCUGUACGGCAGUAAGCCGAGCUUGUACUCGCGCAAGAAUAUUAAAAGGCACAUAGUCAACUUGUUUAACCAGGAUAGUAUGGGACACGGUUGUACUACAUCAGACCCAGAGUUUCUUUCUUUAAAAAGGAUCCUCUCUCAGACAGACCCCAAUCCUGUACAGCUGCUUGCUCGGCUGUGGCUGGCACACAAUUCUGCAGGGCUCAGGGUGAGCAAAAGCCUCCCGUCACACACAUAUCUUAUAGUCAAAUUUGAGGAUAUUGUAAUUUUUCCUGAAGAAACGGCUGGAAGGAUUCAUGACUUUAUUGGAAUACCUUUGUCACCGGCAGCCUUAAACCAGCUGACAUUUGCCACAUCCACAAAUCUGUAUAAUCUAAUAUAUGAAGGAGAUAUAUCACCUGCCAAAAUCAACAUUUGGAAAGAGAAUAUGGAAUCGGAUGAGAUUAAACUCAUUGAGGACACAUGCUGGCCUGUUAUGGAGAGGCUGGGUUAUGAAAGACAUACUGUCAGUCACACUUUCUCAUAAAUUUCAUUAUAGAGCAAUAGGUUUUAUUUUUGGAAAAUGUAUAUAAAAUUGUCACUGAGGUACAUGCUAAUAUUGCUUUUUAAAGCAACACUAUGUAGUUUCCAUGUAAAAAUGACUUACAGCUCCCCCAUGUGGUUGAAAACGCAACAGUGGCUGGUAUCAGACACUCUUCUGCAGGCAGGGGGAGGGGCGGGGCUGUCUGCUUUACCCUCCACCGCCACUUUCAGAGUGUGCUUGUAGCAGCUAGGAGGCUGCUCAGGUUGCAGCAACAGUACAAUUUGUCCAGUUAAAAGUUGUUCUAUCACUGAAAUAAUUUUAGAGACAUUAUUUAAAGGUAAAGAAAACUACAUAGUGUUGCUUUAAGUCUUUGCAAUUCAUCAUGUGAAUGCUUUGUUAUGUUUACAUGAUCCAUUAUGUAACCCUGCCUGUGAAAAUCCAGCUUUAAGUAUUUUUUGUGAUGUACUGUUUAUGAAUGUAAAGAACAUUGUGUGAAAUAUAACCUUGAUAUCUUUAAUAUUGACUGAGUAAGGUCAUGUCAAAGAUCGAAAUCAAUGAGUGAAAUUAAAAUUUGAUGCUCCUAAUCUCAAAAAUAGAUUUUGAGACAGACAUGAUUCACAUACAGGGUUAUGUAUAGUAAAAAGUAAGUCAUGAAUGUCUAGUGGAGGCCUAUGUGGAAAGGAAUAUGUGACUGGUCACAGCCCUCAGACAAUCUAAAUGGGGAAAAAUAAGUAUUCCCCAAAUGAUAGGCUGCUACAACAGUUUUAGAUAUGUUAUGAACACUUGCUGUUUUCUGGUAUUAUAGUUUUGUGAUUGCAUAAAAAGUGGUUAAGUCACUUAUCAAAUAUCAUAUAUUUUCAUUACUGUGACCUAAGACAUGAGGUGCAAUGUGAAAAAAAUUUGCAAAAUGUUAUCCUCUGCGAUUGUACAAUCAAACCUUGGUGUUUGUCUUAACACAUAUAUUUUUGGUAUGGCUUUGUUUUUUGUCUUUUUUAUAAACAUAUAUAUAUAUCCCUACACACACACAUUACUGAACCUGUGUUACUUUUACCAAACAGUAUUCUAAUGUAAUCAUAAAUGGACCAUUUCACAACCCAAAUAAGCACAGUCUCUAAAAUCACUAAACAUCAUAUUUCUCAUUUUAAUGCAGUUCGAGGAGGCUACUAAUGUGAAAUGUUUUAAAAGCCGCAAUGCAAAUGGAUUUUCCAUUGGCUGCAUGUGUAUGUGGAGUGUGAUUAUCACUGUGGGAUAACUGAAAUGGUGGAAAAUAAAGAGAAUUGAUGUGA